AUGCCGGUGAUAACGAGAACCAAUCGUCCGAACGAGGAGCUGCUGAAGGCAUCGCGUGGCCCCAGCCUAAUGUCCUCCGCAAGUUCACCAACGACUACCAGCAGCAGCGUUACGACGACGACACUGAUCAAGCCGACGCUAUAUCAAUCUCGAACGCGCUUCCUUCCGAUCGAGUUUGAUCGUAAUGGUAGAGCUUACCCGAAGCCAGAUCCGCAGCGACCGGCUUACGUUCAGGACUACUACAAACUACGCACCGACUGUUUGCGAACGGCCACACUGUUUGAAGAUGCGGAAUUCCCUGCCGAUGACAGCUCACUGCACUUCUCGUCCGUUUCGGGCCGCCCGUCCCAGUACAAAUGGUUGCGACCGCAUGAAAUCAGCCCGGACGCCGUGUUCGAUGCUGAUGGGUUUUCGCGCUUUGACAUCCAGCAGGGCCUGUUGGGCGAUUGCUGGUUGCUGGCGGCAGCAGCCAAUCUUACCACUUUCCCAGUGCUUUUUAGCCGUGUCGUACCGGAUGACAACGAUCGCAUACAGGGUGGCCGCAAGGGGGUAGAUUACGCUGGGAUCUUUCACUUCCGAUUCUGGCGGUUUGGCCAAUGGUACGAUGUGGUGGUGGACGAUCGACUACCAACGAUACGUGGUCAGCUUGUGUACAUUAAGUCGUCUACGAAGCAUGAAUUCUGGAGUGCCUUACUUGAGAAGGCGUACGCGAAACUGUUCGGUUCGUAUGAAGCCCUCUCGGGAGGAUCUGCUAGCGAAGCGAUGGAAGAUUUUACCGGUGGACUGACCGAGGGUUACGAGAUGAAAGACGCGCCGGACACGCUGUUCGAAAUGAUCGAGAAAGGGUGCAAUAACUAUGCGAUGUUUGCGUGUAGUAUUGAGGCUGGUGCGGGAGAGAUGGAGCAGGUAACACCGCAGGGACUGGUGAAGGGGCACGCGUACUCCAUCACCAAAGCACAAGCCGUAGACAUCGAAACGCCCAGAGUUAAGGGUAAGAUACAGCUGCUUCGGCUGCGCAAUCCUUGGGGAAACGAGAACGAAUGGAACGGUGCGUGGAGUGACAAGUCGCCCGAGUGGCGCUUCAUCACCGAGGACACAAAGCGCUCGAUCGGGCUAACGUUCGAGGUGGAUGGGGAGUUUUGGAUGUCUUUUCCGGACUUUCGCAAAUACUUCGACCGGGUAGAGAUGUGUCACCUCAGUCCGGAUUGCCCCAUCGCGCUGCAGGAGAGUCGUUUCGCGUGGCGCCAGUCCGCGUUCGAGGGCGAAUGGGUGCUGGGCAGUACGGCUGGCGGAUGUCGCAACUAUCCGGACACCUUCUGGCACAAUCCACAGUACGUGAUCCGGCUGGACGAUCCCGAUGCAGAAGACUCGGAAAAGCUGUGCACACUGAUCGUAUCACUGAUACAGAAGAAUCGACGAUCGAAGCGUAAUAAAGGCAUCACCUGCCUUACGAUCGGCUUUGCCAUUUACCGCGUGGAACCAACGGAUCUACAGCGUAAGCCACUGCCACGUGAGUUCUUUACGUCGCAUCUGUCGGCGGCCAAAUCGACGUUUAUCAAUCUGCGCGAGGUGACGUGCCGGUUUAGACUACCGCCCGGAUCGUACGUGAUCAUACCGUCUACGUUCGAACCGAACGAGGAGGGUGAGUUCAUGAUCCGGGUGUUCUCCGAAUGUGCCAGCAAUAUGCAGGAGAAUGAUAGUGCGAUCGGAAUCGGCAAACCGGUGGAUCCACCAAUUAAACCAUCUGCUGGAGUUAGUCCACCUUCUAAACCUUCACCAAAAGAAACGGAUGCUGGCGUUACCGACGCUCAGCGAGCAACCAUGGAGCGUCUAUUCAUAGAGGUAGCUGGAACAGACGGUGAGGUAGAUUGGAUGGAACUUAAGCUCGUGCUUGAUCGUUGCUUCCGCGAGGACAUUGCUAAGGCUUCGCGUGGUAUCUCACAAACGUAUCAAACCCGUGCCGUACCGAUCGAGAAGCGAUCCGUCUCGGAAACAGCGACCGUUCGUGAAACGGUCCUGGACAGAGGUAUCUGUGGUGCGUGGACUAUGUUGCAGCGUCUGUUCCGUGACAUUGCCGGCGGUGAUAACAGUCCCAUACCGCACGCGAAUGGUGAGCAGUCGGAGCUUAUCAGGAGUGAAAAUGUCACCCAAGUGAAUGCGGAUCCAUCUAAUCCGGGCUUUUCGAAGGACGCGUGUCGUUCGAUGGUCGCCAUGUUGGAUGAGGAUGGAUCAGGCAAGCUGGGACUGCUCGAAUUUCAAAAGCUCCUGACCGAUAUUGCACGCUGGAAGGGUGUGUUUAAGCAGCACGACAGUGACCAGAGUGGCAGGAUUAGUCCGUUCGAGUUGCGGGCGGCACUGCAGUCGGCUGGUUACACGUUGAACAAUCACAUCAUUAACAUGCUGAUGCAUCGAUACGGUUCAAAGGAGGGCGAAAUAUGGUUCGACGAUUUUAUUACUUGCGCCGUCAAGAUACGCACGAUGUUUGACAUCUUUAAAGCUCGUGACCUCAGCAAUCGCAACGAAGCUCGGUUUACGCUGGAAGAAUGGAUCACGAAAACUAUCUACUCGUAAGUUACUCCCGUA